ACUGUUAUCAGUAGUUUCAGUGUGACCAUACUUAUUUUUGUAUCGUUGACGUGAGUGUAAAAUGUGGUAAUCAACAUUGUAGGUUAAUGUACAAAGAUUUUUGUAAACAAUUCGUCUCUUUUGCAAAUAAUUCUUCGUUCUGUCUCGUCUGACUCGGUCUUGCAGACGAAAUCAUAAGAUGGCCAAGUUAACUAGGGAACGAAAACGUAAAUCGGCGAUCAAUGAGGUGGUUACUCGUGUGUAUACCAUUAACAUGCACAAGAGGCUUUUGAACAUUGGUUUCAAGAAGCGAGCCCCUCGUGCGAUCAAAGAAAUCCGCAAAUUCGCCACCCAACAAAUGGGCACACAAGAUGUGCGCAUCGACACUAGGUUGAACAAGUUCGUCUGGUCCAAAGGAAUCAGGAGUGUACCAUUCCGCAUUCGUGUACAAUUAGCAAGGAGACGUAAUGACGAUGAAGAUUCACCACACAAGUUAUACACUUUGGUUACCUGGGUGAAUGUACCUACAUUCAAAAAAUUGGGUACGGAAAAUGUUGACGGAACCGAAGAAUAAACUUGUAAACACUUUGUCUUUGAUAAUAAAUAAGUAUAAAAUGAUAAAUUGUUAAUA